AUGGGCCUUUACAAGAUGGUUGGCAAGCUAACAAGAAAUGAAACUAUGUCGACUUCAGAAAUAAGGAGGGAGUUCCUAAGGAUUGGUAGUAGCGAUGUUUCAUCACAAUGGCUUGAAUUCCCUGAUGCUGUUAGGUUUGCUCUAACUGAUCUGGAACUACUUGGAUAUUUAGAGGAAAAGAUUGUCCAUGGAAAUUCAGCGUCACAUAUAGAUGAAUUUAUUCCAACCAUAGAGGAGCGGAAGGAAUCUCAUAGACCCAUCCAAGGAAUCUCCCUGGUAGUAUUUUGGACAUGUAUCAAGUCGAAUGGGAGGAACAGUUUUUUCUUCCAUAGUUUAUCAAAUGCACGUGGUGCUGGCCGGCGCAAGCACCGCAAAAUCAGCAAGAGUGAUGGCACUGUUUCUGAUGAGUUUACAUGGCGCAAGACUGGAAAUGAUAAAUGCAUCUUAGACAGUGAUGGAGCCACGACGAAAGGCUGGAAGGGAAUCUUUAUUCUUGAAGCUCGUAAGAAAGGAGGUGGUACGACGAAGAAAGGGAAAUGGACGCAGCACCAGUAUAGCCUCGAUGCAAAGGAAGACGCAGAGGAUGUAGACAUAGUUGUUUCCGAAGUGUUUUUACAGUCUCAUCCAAAGAAAACUAGGAAGACCCAGGAAGGUGUUGUUGAUGAUGUAGAAACCAAGCCAAAUCAGGAGGAAGAACAUCCCGGCUUAUCUCUUGUUCAGCUAAUGCCUGAAGCUGAAGACCCGGAGGUGGGAAUGACAGAAGAUAAGGCCAGAACACAAGCACAAGUGAUGAGAGCUAAGAAACAGGAAUGGGAGGCAGAAAGAAAGGCUUCGGAGGCUGAGAAGAGAAAGCUAGAGUAUGAAAUAUACGAUCUGCUUCAAGUGAACUUUGCAAUCAAGAAUAAGCUCAAGAGGAUCAGGGCUACUUGUGAUGAGUGA